AAUGAAAAGGAAAGGAGCAAAGGAGAAGGAAAGCAUCACCGGCGGCAGUGGCGGGCUCGCCGUGGCCACAACUUGGGGAAUCCAUUCCCCCUCACUCCUCACCGGCGCGCGCGUAUAUAAGUACCAGAUUCCCCCGUCCCUAUCGCGGCCGCCUCUCCUUGGAUCGGAUUUAACUCUGCCUCCUUCCUACGCCACCGCCUCCUCAAGCUGCCAUGGCCGCCGCCGCGCUGAGGGAGCAGCUCAACGCGCUCCUCGCCUCCAUGUUCGCCUCGGGCUUGGUGGACGAGCAGUUCCAGCAGCUGCAGAUGCUGCAGGAAGACGGGAGCACGCCGGGCUUCGUCGCCGAGGUCGUCACCCUCUUCUGCGACGACGCCAACAGGAUCAUCUCCGAGCUCGCCGCCCUAUUGGAGCAGCCCAUCGUGGACUUCGAUAAGGUGGACGCCUACGUGCAUCAGCUCAAGGGGAGCAGCGCCAGUGUUGGUGCUCAGAAAGUGAAGUUCACUUGCAUGCAGUUUCGUCAGUUAUGUCAGGAUAGAAACAGAGACGGGUGCAUUAUGGCAUUGGCUGUUGUGAGAAAUGAGUUCUAUGAUGUGCGCAAUAAGUUCCAGACUAUGCUUCAGCUUGAGCAGCAAAUCCAGGCCCAACAAUAAUUGAAGCAAAGGGAGCAUGGGUGCAUGUGAUCUCACAUGACAAGUGUAUCUUUCAAGAUGUAGCAUGUUGGAUGGGUUCCCGACUUGGAAUGUGUGCAAAGUCAUUGACAUGAGAUUUCAUGCUCAAACUUUGGCUCACAGCCUGUAAUAGUUUGUGGCAAAAAAACGAUUGUCUAGCGUUGUGUCUGUGGUACUUUACCUGUUGGUGUUUGAUGGGCUAGCUGACAUCAUGUAUGCAAACUUUUACUGGUUGCGUGGUAACUCAGUUAGCGUGUUAAUUUCUGGCUUUUAUAGACCUGCGUUUGUGUGAAAUUGUAUCGUGCUGUCUGAGUUGAGCUGUCUGUUAUGUGAAUGUGAUGGGUCUGGAAUC